GGAACCCUAACUGUGACGUACACCGGAAGUAGCGCAUUGUUUCUGUGUAGAAAUGUUCCUACGUUUGGUCUGAUAUCUCUAGUUGCGGGAUUUGAACAGAGUCUGUUUAAAGUAGCUUAAAGAACCAAGACAUGCCCAAGGUUGUGUCCAGAAGCGUGGUGUGCUCCGACACCAGGGACAGGGAAGAGUACGACGACGGAGAAAAGCCUCUUCAUGUCUACUACUGCCUGUGCGGCCAGAUGGUUCUGGUUCUGGACUGCCAGCUGGAGAAGUUACCCAUGAGGCCCAGGGACCGAGCCCGGGUGAUCGAUGCGGCCAAACACGCACAUAAGUUCUGUAACGUGGAGGUGGACGAAAACGCGUACAUCAAGAGAGCCGAAGGCAUCGAGCGGCAGUACCGCAAGAAGUGCGGCAAGUGCGGGCUUCUGCUCUUCUAUCAGCACCAGGACAAGAACAACUCGGCCACCUUCAUCGUUGACGGAGCUGUAGUCAAGUUCGGACAGGGCUUCGGUAACACGAGCGUGUACAACCAGAAGCAGCCGGAGGCUCCAAAGAAGGUCCGCGUGAUGAUGACCAAGAGGACCAAAGACAUGGGCAAGUUCAGCUCCGUCACGGUCUCCACCAUAGACGAGGAGGAGGAGGAGAUCGAGGCCAGGGAGGUGGCCGACUCGUACGCCCAAAACGCAAAGGUGAUCGAGAAACAGCUGGAGAGGAAGGGCAUGAGCAAGAGGAGGCUGCAGGAGCUGGCGGAGCUGGAGGCCAAGAAGGCGAAGAUGAAGGGCACGCUGAUCGAUAACCAGUUCAAGUAAUGACUCGGACUGGGAGACUCGACUCCUCUCUCCUUCACCUGCUUUCAUUGGACAAUAUGUGGACUCGAGAGAGGAUGUGUGUAUUAUGGUUAAAAGUUCUUUAAGCAAAGUGGCAGAUGUUUAAGCCAAUCUUAAGUUUUCUAUAGAAAUAAAGCUCAUUUAAAGGUU